UGGACAGAGCACAAUAUCCGAUGGACAGAGCACGUUAUCCCAUGGACAGAGCACAAUAUCCAAUGGACAGAGCACAUAAUCCCAUGGACAGGGCACGUUAUCCCAUGGACAGAGGACAAUAACCCAUGGACAGAGCGCAAUAUCCCUGGACAGGGCACGUCAUACCAUGGACAGAGUAUGAUAUCCCAUGGACAGGGCACGUUAUCCCAUGGACAGAGCAAGAUAUCCCAUGGACAGAGCACGAUAUCCCAUGGACAGAGGACAAUAUCCCAUGGACAGAGCAUGAUAUCCCAUGGACAGGGCACAUUAUCCCAUGGACAGAGCACGAUAUCCCAUGGACAGAGGACAAUAUCCCAUGGACAGAGCAUGAUAUCCCAUGGACAGGGCACAUUAUCCCAUGGACAGAGCACGAUAUCCCAUGGACAGAGGACAAUAUCCCAUGGACAGAGCGCGAUAUCCCAUGGACAGGGCACGUUAUCCCAUGGACAGAGCACGUUAUCCCAUGGACAGGGCACGUUAUCCCAUGGACAGGGCAGGUUAUCCCACGGACAGAGCACGUUAUCCCAUGGACAGAGCACAACAUCCCAUGGAGAGAGCACGUUAUCCAAUGGACAGGGCACAUUAUCCCAUGGAGAGAACGCAAUAUCCCAUGGACAGGGCACAUUUACCCAUGGACAGGGCACAUUAUCCCAUGGACUGGGCACAAUAUCCCAUGGACAGGGCACGAUAUCCCUUGGACAGAGCAUGUUAUCCCAUGGACAGACCACAAUAUCCAAUGGACAGAGCACAUUAUCCCAUGAACAGGGCACAUUAUCCCAUGGACUGUGCACGCU